AUGCAGAGUCGAUUUGAAGUCAUAUACUGUUUUUUUGGUUACUUUCUAGCACCAAGCAGAAGAGAAGGUGCGCGGGCGCUGCGCGAUCGAUGCGGCGGCGGCGGCGGGAAGCGGCGGCGUGCGGGGGCGGGCGGGCGUGGCGAGAGGCGGCGCGCGGCGGCCAUUCGCUUGCCGCUCGGCCCGCCUUCGCGCCGCCCCGCGCCACCCCGCACGGCCCUCGUCGCUCAGUGCUUCGCGAGCCCUCGUCGCUGA